AUGAGCGAGAUUGUUGUGCAGAUGAACGAAUUUUCCACGGAAGCUGAGGUGGCCUUCAAUAAAUCUUUGGACGACUACAAGAAAUUGGCCAGCAAAGCGGAGGAUGCGAGCCAGAACUUGACCAAGUUCAAAGCCUUGGUUAAGGACACGAUCGCAGAGUAUGUGCCCUUCUACUCGGGCGCCGUGGGCCAGGUGAACGCUGCCGUGAAGGCCGCCCAGAUGGUGGUGAAGACCAUGGGAAAGAAGGACCUAGAGGAGAAGCUCCAGGACGUCAACAAGACAGUGACCACGAAGCUCAACGCCCUGGCCCAGAGCUCCUCAGAAUUCAGCAGCGCCGUGGCCAAGUCCACUUUAGAGGAGUAUAAGAAAAUCUGGAGCGGACUCAAGGACAAGUUGGCUUACAUUUCGGAGACCACCGGAAGUUUCAGGGAGGCAUUCAACGAGAAGCUCCAGACCUUCACAGGUAUGUUGGAGGAGCCCUUGAAGAUUGCACUGGGGGAAGAGGCCACGAAGCAAAUCAAUGACUUGACCAGCAGCACUUCGAAGAUGUUGGCGAAUUUGCAGCACCUCACAGACGUUUACCGAGCAGGAUUGGCAGAGGCCGCGGACGACGUAGACACCGCGAUGACCUAUGCAGCCAGCCACAAAGGAUCUUUGGCGGUCUCUUCCGCUGAGCAGGGAUGCCGGGCCAACAGUGGUGUUCACCGCGAAAAGUGCUGGGCGGUUGAAGCGCAUAGUGGAGAACGAAGGAAUUCAUAUGCCACGGGCUAUGACAAUGUGUUCGAGAAGCUUGGAUUGCACAGCCCCCCUGGCCUUGACAAGCGGCUGCGACAGCGCUGUGGCAUUGCAGAAGCACUGGCGAGCCAGUUUUCUCGGGCGGGAGGGGCAGUUGCCGAGGGGCGCGAGUAUGACGACGGAACCACUUGGUUCCCAGGUUGGAUUUGGCGCAUGGCCAUUUGCCGCCGCUGCGGCACACACCUGGGAUGGCGCUUCGAGAGCAGGUCCUGGAACAGAUCUGGUGGACGUGGAGACGCAUCGCUUUUCUGGGGCCUGAUUUGGCGGCACCUUCGUCAGCACGGGGCUUCGGGGAACACCACGACGGGCCGAGCACAGCUCAGAUGUCCCAAGGAUCAUGUUCUGCGGCGCUACGCGACGCCACAUGCGCAUUACGUUUGUGACGUGUGCAACCGCCAGGUGAAAACAGGCGAGCAUCUUUGGGGGUGCGGUGCAUGUGACUAUGACAUGUGCGACGGGUGCAAAGCCAAGGCAGUGCACCGGCCGCUGAAGCCACCAGAGGUUCCUGCAGGUGUUGCGGAGUCCUCCGCCAGCAAGACCAGAGCUGGCGAUGCAUCCCUGGCGCUUUCUGCAGUCGAGUCGGCGUUACCUGCGCUGCUGAAGCCCAUCUUUCCCAUGGUGCACGGGAUGUUUCAGUGUCAUUGUGAGGAAGCGCAGUGGCAGCUGUCCUAUGCAAUGUACUGGCCAUGAGCAGGGGAUGAUGAUAGAUGAUGCAGUCAGUACAGUAAGGUCCUGAGUGGAAUGGAUCUAGCCCCUACAACUGAGCCUUUUUCCGUAUCCGCGAUCAAACUCGUUUUCUGCUUGCGAACAGUGUAACAGAGAGCAUUCCACAGGGAAGAGGAAAACAGAAGGGGAUUGCCAAACUGUUGG